GGGACUCCGACUCGCGAGCUCAUUCAGGAUUCAGGUGUGGACCUGACGCCAUGGCGGAGGGAGGCCGGCCGUCGAAUGAGGAGGCUGUUUUCACUCAGCUGCACCUCGGGGAGAGUUUUUAUGACACAGGUUCCUCUGGGCCCGAUGAUCUCUUCGAGGAAGACUCUUACUCUCCGUCCUCCUCCUCAUCCUCCUCAGCCUCUGUCCCACUGGUGACCUCCCAACAUAACAAAACCUUGUGCACCUCCUGCGGACAGGAAAUUGUGGACAGAUACCUCCUUAAGGUGAACAACAUGUGCUGGCACGUGCGCUGCCUCUCGUGCAGUGUGUGUAAAGCAUCACUGGGGCGACAUGUGAGCUGUUAUGUGAAAGAUAAACAGGUUUUUUGUAAACUUGACUACUUCAGGAGGUAUGGCACCCGCUGCGCUCGCUGCGGCCGGAACAUCCACUCUACUGACUGGGUGCGUCGAGCAAAAGGAAGCACCUUCCACGUGGCAUGUUUCUCCUGCUCCUCCUGCAAACGCCAGCUCUCUACUGGAGAAGAAUGUGGCCUUCUAGAAAACAGGGUCUUUUGCCUGGCUCAUUAUGACAUGGUGAUGGAGAAUCUCAAACGUGCUAAGGAAAAUGAGCAACCAAAAGCAGAUGAAGAAUCAGCCAAUAGGGAUGAUUCAGGUGCUCAUUCUCGACCUACUAAAAGAGCCAGAACCAGCUUCACCAUGGACCAGCUACAGGUAAUGCAAGCCCAAUUUGCUAAAGAUAACAACCCAGAUGCCCAGACUCUGCAGAAACUGGCAGAGAGGACUGGUCUCAGUCGCAGAGUCAUUCAGGUUUGGUUUCAGAACUGUCGAGCUCGUCAGAAGAAGCACAUCUCUCCUCAUCAGCCCUCCUCAGUCAUGAUGACAUCAUUUGCUCCUGGUCAGCUAACUCCCCCUAUGAUGGAGGAUCUUCAGUACACAGCUUAUAUUUCCUCUGAAACACCCCUCCUCACUACUCUGACGUAUAUGGAUGUCCAAACUUCAGACCCACUUCUGCUUCAGCCAAUCAUCACCACUCCACUGUCCCAGCUGCCAGUCAGCCACUCUUGAGUUUCAUCUAAACAGGCUGCAGAAUGGCUGAGUGGAUAAAAAGAAAAGUUCUACUAAAUAAAGGUUCUGUGAGGUUUGUGUGGAGUAAAUGGAUGUUACCGUCCAAAUUAAAAGCACUGAAUUGUCACUGUUAGCUGUGAGCAGACACACAAAAGAAAUAAAUAUCACUUUUUGUUAUUCAAAGAAGAAGUCACAGGUAAUGGCAAAUUGUUUGCUAUAUUUUUUGUUAAUAUGUAUACUAUGAAUUUAACUUAUUUAGUGUAUUAAAUGAAAUGAGUGACUGUCCGAAAACACCUAUAUAAAAUUUAGUUUUGACUGAAAGCUUUUUAUUUUUAUUUUUUUGGCACAAAUGGAACUGGAAAAUAUUAGAAUUCACAGGUGUGAUGUUUUUUUUUCCUGUAAAAUGACCUAUUAAUCAUUAAAUGAUUAAGUUACACUGCAAAGUAAAACAAUCUGAAAUAAUACAGUAAUAAAACGAGUUUUUUCUUUUUACUUUCAGUUGGCACUGUAAACAUGUUCAAUACAGAAUAUUGAUGUGGACUGCCUUUUUUUUUAAAUAAUGAUAAGCGUUUUGUAUUCUACACAUCCAUGCAUUAAAUGUUGGACACGU